GUGAGUGCACAAGGUGGAACAUUGGCAUUGCUGCUGGGGUAGUAUUUCCCGUGAUAUAUCACAUCCUCCAGCAGGGCGCGGUGUCAUCCCGCAGAGCGGUACCGACCCUGGAGAAAACGGGUGUGUGACCCAAGAAGCUCGCUUUCGUUGUGGGCGCACGCGCUCUAAAGCAGGUCCAUCGGUCAGUCCCCUACCUGCUGUCUGUGGGACUGCGCGAGAGGGGCAGUGCGCAAGAGAAUCCCUGCGGCCGCUGCUGGCAUUGGAUCGUCGCGACUCCCGACGGCUGGGGUAGCCUUACUGCAGCAGGCGUUCUCCGCUUCUGGCUCGGCUACCAGCCGAAAGAUUCGGCCGGGCAAGGCUCGACUUCUCGCGAGGGAACAUGGUGCGGCGACGGAGCUCGCGGGGGGGCUUGCUUCCGGCGGGGGGGGGAGCAUGGCGAGUAGGGGCGUUGUGGUGCGUGUACGGCUUGCUGCUCUUGGGGAGAUCUGUGGAGGCGAACGAUAUCAACCAUAAGUACCACGAUGGCGAGAGCGUGAUCGUGUGGGUCAACACGGUGGGGCCAUGGUACAACCCGCAGGAGUCGUACCCUUACUACCACCUCCCGUUCUGUGUCCCGGACCUGGUGGAAGGCACCAAGCAAAAAAGGCCUUCCGGCCUUGGGGAACUCCUCGCCGGAAACGAGCUGCGCAACAGUGGCAUGGACGUCAAAUUCAAGGUCCCUCUUCCGAAGACGGCGCUGUGCACCCAGUUAUUGGACCAAACCUCGGCUGCACAGUUCCGGAAUGCGGUGGAGCAGGAGUACUGGGCGAACAUCUACAUAGACGACCUUCCAAUCGACGGUCCCGUGGGGAGCAAGGAGGAGCUCGACAUCUACGUCAACCAGAGGUACACGAUUCUGUACAACGGCAAUCGAAUCAUCCGAGUGCUGUUCGAGCCAGACACAGCCGUGGCCAUCGCUGCUGGGACCGCGCUAGACUUCACCUACGAGGUCGCUUGGGUCGAAUCGGACGUGCCCUUCGACAAGCGGUUUGACUCCUACCUCGAACCCAAGUUCUUCAAGCACAGGAUCCACUGGUUCUCCAUCAUCAACUCGUUCAUGAUGGUCGUGUUCCUGUGCGGCCUGGUCGCUCUCAUCCUUGUCAAGACGCUCAAGAACGAUUUCGCCAAGUACACUCCUGAUGACGACGAUUUGGAGGGGCCUGACGCCGGUGUCGGGGAAGAUAGCGGCUGGAAGCAGGUUCACGGGGACGUGUUCCGGGCGCCCAAACACCUCAUGCUCUUCAGCGCUCUGUUCGGGACGGGGUGCCAGCUCGCGGUGCUGGUGCUGCUGGUGAUCCUGUUCGCAAUCGCGGGGCCCCUCCACGGCGACGUGUACGAGGAGCGCGGGGAGAUGGUCACCACCUUCAUCGUCUGCUACGCACUCACGUCCCUUGUCUCAGGCUACAUGAGCGGGAGCUACUACCGACAAUUCUUCACUACUCCACGCGCGGAGCAGAGCUCUCAGUGGCAAAAGACAAUGGUGCUGUCGGCCGUGAUGGUGCCGUCGAUUCUAUUCCCGGUGGUUUUCGUGCUGAACCUCGUGGCGAUGCACUACAACACGGUCAACACCAUCCCCUUCAUGGCGGUGUUCAAGAUGGCGCUUAUCUGGGUGUUCGUCUCCUUCCCGCUGUGCGUGGCCGGGAGCAUGUUCGGCCGGCACUGGGGGGGCAAGGGCAACUUCCCCUGCAGGGUCAACAGCAUCCCGAGACCGAUCCCCGAGAGUGUAUGGUACUCGCAGCCGAACGUCGUGGUUCCAUUAGCGGGGAUCCUGCCGUUCGGUAGCAUCUUCAUCGAGAUGUACUUCAUCCUGGCCUCGCUGUGGGCAUACAAGUACUACUACGUGUACGGCUUCGUGCUUCUGGUGUUCGCCAUUCUGGUGGUGGUGCUGGUUUGCACGAGCAUCGUGGCGGUGUAUUUCGUCCUCAACGGGGAGAACUAUCACUGGCAGUGGGUAUCUUUCUUGAGCGCGGCGUCUACCGCUGGCUACGUUUUCCUGUACUCUGCCUACUACUUGUGGUUCAAGACACGCCAGAGUGGCUUCAUACAGAUCUCCUUUUAUUUCGGAUACAUGGGGCUGUUCUGCGCGGCACUCGGCGUCAUGUGUGGUUCCAUUGGCGUCAUGGGCAGCACCGUCUUCGUAAAGCAAAUCUACCGCAACAUCAAAGUGGACUGACCUACAACAUGUGACAGCGAUACAUUAUGUUGCUAUUGCCGUUGUCGUUGUCGUUGCUAAUGCCGUUGGUCGCGGUGGUUUCAAGCCUAAAAUAGUUUAUUAUGCCUGGCGGGGGUUCGUAUUUUUUUUUUUUCUUUCCUUCGUGUGGUGCGUGUCAAGGCUUCCUGGCACUAUAUAUGGACGGCUAUUAGGCCCGUUCUUGCUUGGUGCGAGACAGGUGUCGUGUAGCGCUGCGUCAAGUCUAGGGGGCUUGGCUACGUGUUUGGGACACCCUGCUGUCUGGUGUGCUCGAGAGGGCACGCACUUGUCAUUGGUAUAAGCCGUGCUACGCCGUGGGCGUGCCCAGCAAAAAGUCACAUAACCUAGGUACACAAGUGAUUGGUUCCCUGUGUUAGACCGCGUAGGCCGGUCGCCUUGAAUGAGGCCAGUGAAACCGCGUGGGACCAAUGGAACACCGCAGGUGAUAUGACGUAGGAUAUCACACCCCCUGGACCGAUUUCCGAAGCUCGAUUACUCCACAGCAGAAGGAGUAGCGUUGCCGGAAAUGGCGCCUUUGGAACCGUCUCGUCGAG